CUUGCCUUUAUUGGACGACAACUAGCAUGCGAGCAGGAGCACUGCGGUGGCGGCAAUGGCGGCCGCAGCUCGCGCGCCGGCUUUCGCAGCAGGCGGCGCCGACGCUGUCGCUGACGCCGGCCGAGACGAAGCUCUUCCAGGUGCUGCAGUUUAUCAAGGACACGUCGGCGCCCGAGGUCACGCUGCGCGUCGCCGGCGGCUGGGUGCGCGACAAGCUCCUUGGCCUGCCCAGCGACGACAUUGACAUUGCGCUCGACGUUGGCACGGGCGAGGCCUUUGCGCAGCACAUUUUGGCCUUCCAGAACGCGAGCGGCGUGUCGCCCAAGGGCUUUUACAUUGUGAAGAAGAACACGGACGCGAGCAAGCACCUCGCUUGCGCGACCGUCAAGCUGCUCGGCCACGACCUCGACUUUGUGCACUUGCGCUCCGAGACGUAUGCUGACCCGACGUCGCGCAUCCCGAUCUUGUCCGACACACCCGCGACGCCGACCGAGGAUGCAUUGCGGCGUGACAUCACCAUCAACGCGCUCUUCUUCAACCUCUCGACCAUGGCCAUCGAAGACUGCACGGGCGAGGGCCUCGCGGAUCUUGCCGCCAAGCGCGUGCGCACGCCGCUGCCGCCCCUCGAGACCUUCCUCGACGACCCGCUCCGUGUCCUCCGCGCGAUUCGUUUUGCGUGUCAUUACCACUUCUCCCUCGACGACGCGCUUCUGGAGGCCGCCAAGGACGCGCGGGUGCAAGACGCACUCGGGCACAAAGUGAGCCGUGAGCGUAUUGGCAUCGAGGUCCGCAAGAUGCUCGCGGGCAGUGACCCGGGCCGGGCGAUGCGCGUGCUCACCGACUUGGCCUUGUGGCCGCUCCUCUUGCCGCGCCUCACGUGCGUGCCGUCCUCAGCGCACAUGCUCGACUCGGUCGGCUUUGUGCAGCAGCACGUUGCGCCGACCUCGGCGACCCUUGCGAACAAGGCGCAGUACGACCCGACGCACCUUCUCGCGUCGGCCUUGGUGCACUGCGUCGAACUCCCGGCGACAUCGACGCUGUUGGGCGAUGCGCUCGCGACGCUUCUGACCGAGCCGAGCGAGGUGCCACUGACCGACCUCGUCAAUGCGAGCUUUGAGUUUCUGAGUCAACCAAUGUGGCGUGAUCAAAAGCUCUUUAUGGACGCGAUCAAGGACGACCUCAAGUGGUCCAAGGCCGAGGCCAAGGCGAUCGCAGACGUGAUCGACGCUGCGCAGAGCUUUGUGCAAGUAGCAGCGGCGCAUGCGCAUUCGCCGACAGCGCACUACGUGCAGCUUGUGCUCUGGCGCCGCGCGCACGGUGCAGUGUUCGAGAAGGUGUUGCCUGUUCUGUGGCACUUGGCCCACGGCGACCGGCCUGACGCUAAGGAAGCGUUGGCAGCGUUCCAAGCUGCCUUUGCCACACGCCGCUUGAGCCACAUCGCAGGCGCAAUGCGCAAUCGGCUGCCGACGCCGCAUCUCCAGCGCCUCCUGCAGAAAAAGGCCAAGAAGCUCUCGGAGCUCAUUGAGGUCGUCGCUGUCUACGAAGCGUUGUACCCGGACGCGUCGAUUGAGGACGAAGAACUCUUUGUACAAUCCGUGCUCGAGCCUGCGCACACGGCGCGCACGGGAUAGAAUCAUCGUGUAAGAAGGUCACGGUUGUCGCGUUGGCUCGACAUAGACAUGGUCCUUGUCCUGGAGAACUUCGCAAAUGACGUCGUUAGCCUGGA